AUGCUGUUGCUGGGACGGCGCCUGCUGGGCGGCCGGGCGGCCUCGGUGCUCGCCGUUGUUGAGCGGGCGGCGGCGGCGAGAGCAGGAGGGGCCCUGAAGACAGGCGCGGCGCGGACGUCCGGCGGGGCCCGCGGUUUCCGAAGCUCUGUCGCAGCCAUGGCCCCCAUCAAGGUGGGAGAUGCCAUCCCGUCAGUGGUGGUGUUUGAAAAGGAACCUGGGAACAAGGUGAACCUGGCAGAGCUGUUCAAAGGCAAGAAGGGUGUGUUGUUUGGAGUCCCUGGAGCCUUUACUCCUGGCUGUUCCAAGACGCACCUGCCAGGGUUUGUGGAGCAGGCUGGGGCUCUGAAGGCCAAGGGCGUCCAGGUGGUGGCCUGUCUGAGUGUCAAUGAUGUCUUUGUGACUGAAGAAUGGGGGCGAGCCCACAAAACAGAAGGAAAGGUGCGGCUCCUGGCCGACCCGACGGGGGCCUUUGGGAAGGAGACUGACUUGUUACUAGAUGAUUCAUUGGUGUCUCUCUUUGGAAAUCGGCGGCUGAAGAGGUUCUCCAUGUUGAUAGAGAAUGGCGUAGUGAAGUCCUUGAAUGUGGAGCCUGACGGCACCGGACUCACCUGUAGCUUGGCCCCCACCAUCAUCUCCCAACUCUGAGCCCAAGACCGGGAUGUGCUUCUGCUACCCUCUCCUAUUCUGCCUACCCAGCCCCGGGCACAGGCCCUCAGCACAACUCAGCUGGGGCCACCAAUUGGAAUCUUAGCCAAAUUUCCUCAAUAAAUACUCUGGAUAACAUCUGCCUCCUGCUUUGAGAUUGUGGCUUUGCUGAG